AAAUCACCAUUAUUAUUUGUAACUUAUAGAUGAAAGUGAAGCUCAAAAGAAUGACUUGUCCAGACUUCUAGUGCUUAUUAAUGAGUGGUAAAUUCAGAGCCACUUUUCUGACUCCAGAGCCUAUUCCAUUACCAGACUGCUGGUCACAUAAUAUAUCUCAAAAACAAAAACCCAAAAAACCUUUUUGACUGCAUAAAUGAUUGUUUAAUACAACAAGUGCAACAGCAUUGCUAAAUAUAGCCCCCAAAACUGCAGUGAACCUAAGGCUUUUGUUUAGUCCUUGUGUUUAACUGAUUUCUACAUCAUUGUAUGUGUCAUACAGUUUAAAGCUGAUGGAACAAGAUACUUGCAACCUUGAAGAAGAAGAGCGAAAAGCAAAUACCAAAAUUAAAGAAAUAAAUGUUCAAAAAGCAAAACUUGUUACUGAAUUAACAAGGCUAGUAAAGAUUUGUACUUCUUUGCAUAUGCAAAAAGUAGAUUUAAUUCUUCAAAAUACUACAGUGAUCUCUGAGAAGAACAAAUUAGAAUCUGAUUAUGUAGCCGCAUCUUCACAAUUGCGUCUGACAGAGCAACAUUUUAUUGAGUUGGAUGACAAUAGGCAACGAUUAUUGCAGAAGUGCAAGGAACUUAUGAAGAGAGCUAGGCAAGUAUGUAACCUGGGUGCACAGCAGACUGUUCCUCGAGAAUAUCAGACACAAGUACCCACCAUUCCAAAUGGACACAACUCCUCACCCCCCAUGGCUUUUCAAGAUCUUCCAAACACAUUGGAUGAAAUUGAUGCUUUGUUAACUGAAGAAAGAUCAAGAGCUUCCUGCUUCACAGGACUGAAUCCUACAGUGGUUCAGGAAUACACAAAAAGGGAAGAAGAAAUAGUGCAGUUAACUGAGGAACUAAAGGGAAAUAAAGUUGAACUAGACCAAUAUAGGGAAAAUAUUUCACAGGUAAAAGAACGAUGGCUAAAUCCCUUAAAAGAGCUAGUAGAAAAAAUUAAUGAAAAAUUCAGCAAUUUUUUUAGUUCCAUGCAAUGUGCUGGUGAAGUUGAUCUCCAUACAGAAAAUGAGGAAGACUAUGAUAAAUAUGGAAUUCGAAUUAGAGUCAAGUUUCGCAGUAGUACUCAGCUGCAUGAAUUGACUCCUCAUCAUCAGAGUGGAGGUGAAAGAAGUGUUUCCACCAUGCUAUACUUGAUGGCCCUUCAAGAGCUUAAUAGAUGUCCGUUUAGAGUAGUUGAUGAAAUUAAUCAGGGAAUGGACCCGAUCAAUGAACGGAGAGUAUUUGAAAUGGUUGUAAACACUGCCUGUAAAGAAAACACAUCCCAGUACUUCUUUAUUACACCAAAGCUCCUGCAAAAUCUCCCUUAUUCUGAAAAGAUGACAGUAUUGUUUAUCUACAAUGGCCCUCAUAUGCUGGAAUCAAACAGAUGGCAUUUAAAGGCUUUCCAAAGGCGCCGCCGCCGUAUUACAUUCACUCAGCCUUCUCAGUAAAUAGAAGAAACUAUUGGAGGUGAUUUUUUUUUCUGGUGUUUGUUAAAUUGUUUAUAAGUAUGACUUAAUUGAAUAAAACUCAAGAGAUUUAUUAAAAUAGAAAAUUGGUUAUUUUUGAAACCUGCUCUUAAAUACAAAAAAUUGAUGAGAUGGAUAUUGUAAAGACCUCUUUUCUCUGGAACAUCAUCUGGUCAUAAUAAUUAAGUCUUCAGUCUUGGUUGAACUUGAGCCCUUAGUACUCUAUGAGUCCUGGGUUCCUAGAGUCAAAGGCAUUUACUAUUGCAAGUCAAAGGUAUGGUGGAACUGGGGUUAUCGGUCACAGGUGACACAGUAGCCCUGAGCUCUAAUUGCAGAAUAACUUUAGUUACUUUUAGAGCCCAAAGCUGAUUCUGGAACUUAAAACCUAGCUUUUUCCAAUAUUACAUUUAAUUUUUAAAAAUUGAUAUGAAAAUGUCUAAUGUAUAGUAAUAAUUUAUGACAUAUAUAUUCAUUUUUCCUGUUAAAAUAUUAUCUCCACUAAGAAAUGGACUUUUAUGGCCUAUGGAAAAAAAUUUAUGAAACUUGAUGCUAUAAUUGCAUUGGCAUGGGGGAAAAAAGAAAAAGCAUUGGGCUUGAAAAAUACAAUAGUAUGACUUAUUUGAAAUAGCACAAGGCGCCCUCUAGAUGUUGCUCAAUGCAACCAAAAGAUUAACAGAAUAAAAGCAGGUGACAAGGGAUUUUUAAAGAAUUACCUUAUAAAGUAUGUGUGGGUUUUUCUUGUUUUGUUUUCUAAUUUAAAGUUCAUUGUAUUUUACAUCUUAAAUUUCUAAAAAAACAUUUUUAUAAUUAUUUUUAGGAAGAUUUUCUUAAGAUUUCAUAUACUGGUUUAUACAAUUUGUAUUUGAAAUUUCUCAGUGCUACAUACAGAGGGUAAGGCGUUGAUCUGUUUAAAACUGUUUUUAGAAUCCCUAAGAGUUCCUUCCUUACAGUGUUGAUCUACCCAUUAUUCUAGAAAAUCUAAUUUAAAAUAUUUUCUUCCAGCUUGAAAGAAUUAAAUGAGAAAAUUAUUCAUUUACUGCUGAGUUAUGCUAAUUAACAGUUACCAACAAAUUAUUUUCUUUUAAAAAAUAAAUCUUGUAAAAAAUGGAUUACUCCAAGGACAUGUCUUUGAAUUGUGGAUUGGAUCUGUGCUGGUAAUGACAGAAUUAUAUUUUUGACUGCUGGGCUGCAUAAAUUGAGUUGCAUUCACUUUGUGUUUUGCAUGUUCUUAUAUAGCCGAUGACAUUUAUAUUCAUAUUAGGUAAAAAAUAAUGUUCUCUCCCUUAGACAUUUUUCUCUUUGAAAACAUAUUUUUCUUUAUAAAUAAAAAUUUUAAGGUCCUCUCUUAAACUAAGUCUAACGCAUGAAGUAUGAAAAUAUUUUAAAAAUAUUUUCACUAUGAUGAACAAAUCACAUGAAUUUGAAAAAAUUAGUAACAUUUUAGUAAAUGGAUAUUACCAAACAUUCCUGUUCUUAACUUUGUUUUCCAUUAUAACUAAUAUGUACUGUGGUGUAAUUUUUUGUCUAAAUUAGCUGGGCAUGGUGUCACAUACCUGUAAUCCCAUUACUUGAGAGUUUAAGGGAAGAGGAUUGACAUGAAUUUGAGGCCUGCCUGGGUUACAUAGUAAUUUAAGGCCAGCCUGAAUUAAAUGGCAAGACCCUAUCUAAAACAAUAAAUAAUUCAUAGCUGUCAUCAAUUUCUAUGAAAAUGAACUCCAGUGUGAAAAAGAAGCUUGAAGAUUAAUCAAUCAUAUUUUAAAUAAAAUGGUCAAUUACCUUUCAACUUAAUUUGCCAACAUUUCAUACCUUUUUUGUAAACAUAUUUCUGUGUUGCACAAAGUUAAUAUUAGGUUUUACCUUGACUUUUGAGCUGUGAAGAAUAAAUUAUGUAUCAUUUUAAUAUCUUAAGGAAUAAUAAGGGUAGCAUAUUAUAUAUAGUCUUGGCCACUUAAAAUUUCAUGUUUUUUGCAAAUGUUGAUUUUUAAUCAAAUUGUAAAAACAUCAAGUAAAAAGCCUAAUUUGAUGAAUAAGAUGAUCUUUAAAACUUUAAGGUGAUAAGUGUUUUUGGAGACUAAAUCUACUGACAUGUCUAAGGAGAGUCUGUUAAAAGGUUUUCUGUAUUCAAAGUAAGAAGAAAGAUUUCCUGCUGCUUUCUGAUUGUGUUUUGGAUAUAUGCCUAUUGUCUUUGCAAUAUGAACCUUUAGUAUGUGAAAAAUGUAAUUUCGUCCGGCUAUUGUGUAUGUAUAUGUGUAUAAUUGUUA